AUGGAGGCCCUUCUCCAGCAGUCUCGGGCCAUGUGUCCGUUUCUCAAGCGCAGCUCCCCGACCACCCUUCGCUCGCUGGCUACCGCUACCCGUCCCAGCACCAGCCCCGGUGGUGGUACCAUGACCAAUCUGCAGAGGAUUGCUCGCCGCUGCCCGGUCAUGAGCAAGGCUCUCGCUGUCCAGAGCGCUCGCAUGACCGGCACCAAGCGGUUCACCUCCUCCGCGGCUGGUGUCCCUGGUACUGGUGCCCCCAAGCCUACCCGGGCUUCACCGGGGAAGAGGGCGCUGCACUCGACGGGAGGAAAUGGCGCCAAUAUGAGCACUGAGUUCCACAAGGAGGCUCAGCAGAUCCACCCUGGCCUUUCCAAGACCACCGCUUCCCACACCGCGGCCUCAGCUACCGUGUCUGGCCCUCCUCGUGCUCCUACGGCCACACCUUUUGACUACAAUGCUUUUUACGAUACGGAACUGCAGAAGAAGCACCAGGACAAGUCGUACCGCUACUUCAACAACAUCAACCGCCUCGCUCAGGAAUUCCCACGCGCUCAUACAACUUCGAAGGAGGAGAGGGUGACCGUCUGGUGCUCGAACGACUACCUUGGUAUGGGUCGCAACCCUGAAGUGCUAUCCGCUAUGCACAAGACACUCGAUACCUACGGAGCCGGUGCGGGAGGAACUCGUAACAUCUCCGGACACAACCAACAUGCGGUCGGGCUGGAGAACACCCUGGCUAAGCUCCACGGUAAAGAGGGUGCUCUGGUCUUCAGCUCGUGCUACGUCGCCAACGACGCUACUUUGGCGACUCUGGGCAGCAAGUUGCCCGACUGCGUGAUUCUGUCCGACUCUCUCAACCACGCCUCGAUGAUUCAGGGUAUCCGUCAUUCCGGCGCGAAGAAGAUGGUAUUCAAGCACAACGAUUUGGUCGACCUUGAGGCGAAGCUUGCGUCUCUUCCUCUCCACAUCCCCAAGAUUAUUGCGUUCGAAUCGGUCUACAGUAUGUGUGGCUCUAUUGCUCCUAUCGAGGCGAUUUGUGAUCUCGCGGACAAGUACGGAGCCAUUACGUUCUUAGACGAGGUCCAUGCCGUUGGCAUGUACGGACCUCACGGUGCUGGAGUUGCCGAGCAUCUCGACUACGAGGUUUAUGCUUCUCAGGGCACCGCGAACCCCAUCAGCACCAAGGGCACCGUUAUGGACCGAAUUGACAUCAUUACCGGUACCCUGGGUAAAGCGUACGGAUGCGUUGGUGGUUACAUUGCUGGUUCGGCCGCUUUUGUUGACACCAUCCGCUCCCUCGCUCCUGGGUUCAUUUUCACUACCUCAUUACCCCCGGCGACGAUGGCCGGUGCCGAUGCUGCCAUCCAGUACCAGUCCCGCCACCAGCAAGAUCGUGUCCUGCAGCAGUUGCACACUCGCGCUGUCAAGCAAUCAUUCAAGAACUUGGAUAUUCCCGUUAUCCCCAACCCGUCUCACAUCGUUCCUCUCCUCGUCGGUGAUGCCGAACUCGCCAAGCAGGCCUCGGACAAGCUGCUUGAAGAGCACGGCAUCUACGUUCAGGCAAUUAACUACCCCACCGUUCCUCGCGGUGAAGAGCGUCUCCGAAUCACCCCCACUCCCGGCCACACCCAGGACCUCCGUGACCACCUCGUCGAAUCUGUCAACGCCGUCUGGAACGACCUUGGUAUAAAGCGCGCAAGCGACUGGAAGGCAAUGGGCGGAUUCGUCGGCGUUGGCGUUGAAGCUGCCGAGCUCGAAAACCAGCCUAUUUGGACCGACUCCCAGCUGAACAUGCAGCCUAAUGAAACCCUCGAGGCUGCCGUGGAACGCGAGUUUCAGGCUGCGGUUCCUCGCAUGAAGGCCGGGAACGCAAACGCAAAGCCCAUCGGCUCGAUCGCGGCUAACCCUAUCGGUGGCCCGAUCCCUGUCGCCGCUGCCGCUUAA